AAGGGAGGUGUCUGCGCAUGCGCGCGAUGUGGAAGGUGGGCGGGCGGCGGCAGUAGCGCCAGUCCUUCGGCGACGACGACGACAGUGAGGAGGCUGGAGCUCAUCCCAGAGUGAUCUAAGGGAGGGAAGUGGGGACCCCUGCAGCCGAGGGGUUGGACUGUGAGAGGCCGAGAGCCGCCGGUACCAUCCCCGUCACCCGGGGCCAUUGGCAGUUCCGCGCUGGGUGCUGCCGAGCGCUGAGGGAUUCGGCACCUGCCGCGGCGGCUCCCCGGAGAGUGCCCCCCCGCACCUGCGCCUGGUCCAAGUGAGAGCGAGGAGGAAACGUUGCCGUGCUCAGGGGCUGUGCGGAGCAGCGGCCCCGCUGUCAGCUGGGGAAACCGCCUCCGCUCCAUGAGCAGGGCUCGGCUGCUGCGCUCCGUGAGGGGGGAACCGCGGCCGCCGCCGGCACCAGCAUGUGGACCCCGACCGAGGAGGAGAAAUACGGCGUAGUGAUAUGCAGCUUCCGAGGAUCUAUACCACAAGGCUUAGUUUUGGAACUAGGAGAAACUGUCCAGAUCUUGGAAAAAUGUGAAGGCUGGUACAGAGGAGUUUCCAUUAAGAAGCCCAAUGUAAAGGGGAUCUUUCCUGCUAACUAUAUUCACUUGAAAAAGGCAAUCGUCAGUAACAGAGGGCAGUAUGAAACAGUAGUUCCACUUGAAGAUUCUGUUGUGACUGAAGUCACAGCAACGCUCCAGGAAUGGGCUAUCCUCUGGAAACAGUUGUAUGUGAAGCAUAAGAUAGAUCUUUUCUACAAACUGCGCCAUGUGAUGAAUGAACUCAUUGACCUGCGUAGACAGCUACUGUCAGGUCACUUGACACAGGAUCAGGUACGAGAAGUCAAGAGACACCUUACAGUGCGACUGGACUGGGGUAAUGAACAUUUGGGCCUGGAUUUAGUUCCUCGGAAGGACUUUGAGGUGGUGGAUUCAGAUCAGAUCAGCAUCUCAGAUCUUUAUAAAAUGCAUUUAUCAAGUAGGCACAGUGUCCAGCAAAGCACAACACAGGUGGAUACAAUUCGUCAGCGUCAUGGGGAAGCUUGCCGUAUGCCAGUGCCCCACCACUUCUUCGUCAGUCUAAAGAGCUUCACCUAUAAUACUAUUGGGGAGGACACAGAUGUCUUCUUUUCUUUGUAUGAUGUUCGAGAGAGCAAGCAGAUCAGUGAGCGGUUUCUGGUGAGGUUAAACAAGAACGGAGGCCCGAGGAAUCCAGAAAAGAUAGAACGGAUGUGUGGCCUUUUCACAGAUCUCAGCAGCAAGGAUAUGAAGAGAGACUUGUACAUAGUUGCACAUGUAAUUCGAAUAGGUCGCAUGCUGCUAAAUGAUUCCAAAAAGGGCCCCUCCCAUCUACAUUAUCGUCGCCCCUAUGGCUGUGCAGUAUUGAGCAUCAUGGAUGUACUUCAAUCAAUCUCUGAACUAAAGGAAGAAAAAGAUUUUGUUCUCAAAGUUUACACGUGCAACAAUGAAAAUGAAUGGUAUCAGAUCCAUGAAAACAUUAUCCGCAAGUCCAGUACCAAGUACACAGCACCCAGCUCAAACUAUGGACUCAUAAUUUCUCUACAGCUUCUUCGUGGGGACAUGGAGCAGAUUCGAAGGGAGAACCCCAUGAUCUUUAACAGGGGGGUGUCUGUUACCAGAAAACUCGGUUUCCCCGAUGUCAUAAUGCCAGGUGAUAUACGUAAUGACUUGUACCUGACACUAGAGAAGGGGGAUUUUGAGAGAGGUGGGAAGAGUGUUCAGAAGAACAUCGAAGUGACCAUGUAUGUUCUUUAUGCAGAUGGAGAGAUCCUGAAGGACUGUAUCAGUUUAGGCUCAGGAGAGCCAAACAGAAGUGCAUACCACUCUUUUGUCCUCUACCACAGUAACAGCCCUCGUUGGGGGGAAAUUAUCAAGCUACCCAUCCCCAUUGACAGGUUCCGUGGGUCUCACCUUCGCUUUGAGUUCAGGCAUUGCUCCACUAAAGACAAAGGAGAAAAAAAGCUUUUUGGCUUUGCAUUCACUCCUCUGAUGAGGGAUGAUGGCACCACCCUAUCGGAUGAUAUCCAUGAGCUUUAUGUUUAUAAGUGUGAUGAGAACAGCACAUUUAAUAAUCAUGCUCUGUACCUGGGGCUGCCCUGCUGCAAAGAGGACUACAACGGCUGCCCUAACAUCCCUUCUAGCCUCAUUUUCCAGCGUAGUACCAAAGAGACCUUCUCGAUCUCCACCCAGCUCUCCUCCACCAAACUCACCCAGAACGUGGACUUGCUUGCCCUCUUAAAAUGGAAGGCUUACCCAGACCGUGUAAUGGAUAUCCUAGGAAGACUGAGGCAUGUCAAUGGCGAGGAAAUUGUUAAGUUCCUGCAAGAUAUUCUAGACACGUUGUUUGUGAUUUUGGAUGACAAUACAGAAAAGUAUGGCCUGUUGGUCUUCCAGUCACUGGUGUUCAUCAUAAAUCUGCUACGUGACAGCAAAUAUUUCCAUUUCCGACCUGUUAUGGACAUGUACAUUCAGAAACACUUUGCAGGAGCACUGGCUUACAAAGAACUGAUCCGAUGUUUGAAGUGGUACAUGGACCGAUCAGCUGAGCUUGUACGACAAGAUCAUAUCCAGGAAGCAAUGAGGGCCUUGGAAUAUCUUUUCAAGUUCAUUGUCCAAUCUCGGAUCCUUUACUCGAGAGCUACUUGUGGAAUGGAGGAGGAACAAUUUCGUUCCAGUAUCCAAGAGCUUUUCCAGUCCAUCAGAUUCGUGCUCAGCUUGGACAGCAGGAGCUCAGAGACUCUCAUCUUCACACAGGCUGCUUUAUUGAAUUCCUUCCCUGCAAUCUUUGAUGAGCUAUUGCAGAUGUUCACCGUGCAGGAAGUAGCAGAGUUUGUGAGAGGAACUCUAGGAAGCAUGCCUAGUACAGUGCAUAUCGGACAGUCGAUGGAUGUAGUUAAGCUGCAAUCUAUAGCACGCACUGUGGACAGCCGCCUUUUUUCUUUCUCGGAAUCCCGGCGAAUCUUGCUCCCUGUGGUUCUUCAUCACAUUCACCUUCAUCUGAGACAGCAGAAGGAGUUACUCAUCUGCUCUGGGAUCCUCAGUAGUAUCUUCUCCAUUAUCAAGGCCAGCUCCUUGGAGGCAGAUGUAGUGGAGGAGGUUGAGAUGAUGGUGGAGAGCCUCCUGGAUGUACUUUUACAAACUCUGCUUACUAUCAUGAGUAAAUCGCAGUCUCAGGAGGCGGUAAGAGGGCAGCGUUGCCCGCAGUGCACAGCUGAAAUCACUGGAGAGUAUGUGUCCUGUCUCUUGUCUCUGCUUCGUCAGAUGUCAGACACUCAUUUUCAACAUUUACUGGACAACUUCCAGAGCAAGGAUGAGCUAAAGGAGUUCCUGCUGAAGAUUUUCUGUGUGUUUCGAAACCUGAUGAAGAUGAGUGUCUUUCCUCGGGACUGGAUGGUGAUGAGGUUACUCACCAGCAAUAUCAUAGUUACGACAGUCCAGUACCUGUCCUCUGCCCUGCACAAGAACUUCACAGAAACAGACUUUGAUUUUAAGGUGUGGAACUCCUAUUUCAGCUUGGCAGUUCUGUUUAUAAACCAGCCAAGCCUGCAGCUAGAAACUGUCACUCCAGCUAAGAGAAAGAAGAUUCUGGACAAAUAUGGCGACAUGCGAGUGAUGAUGGCAUAUGAGUUGUUCAGCAUGUGGCAGAACCUGGGUGAACAUAAAAUUCACUUUAUCCCGGGAAUGAUUGGCCCCUUUCUUGGUGUCACACUGGUCCCACAGACAGAGGUCCGCAACAUCAUGAUCCCCAUCUUUCAUGACAUGAUGGACUGGGAGCAGAGGAAAAAUGGCAACUUCAAACAGGUGGAAGCUGAAUUGAUUGAUAAGCUGGACAGCUUGGUAUCAGAAGGAAAAGGAGAUGAGAACUACAGGGAGCUCUUCAGUCUACUUAUUGUGAUGGGAAAUUUUACCUUUUGCUGCCAAUUCCAUCUUUUUGUGUCUUUGCUUCAUGCUGCAUGGAGUAGAACCCAGCUCUUUGGGCCCUACCCCAGCCUGCUGGAGAAGAUUGAACAAGAGACGUGGCGGGAGACUGGCGUCUCUUUUGUUACAUCAGUUACUCGCCUCAUGGAGCGUCUCCUUGACUACAGGGACUGCAUGAAAGGAGAUGAAACAGAAAACAAGAAGAUUGGCUGCACUGUUAACCUGAUGAACUUUUAUAAAUCUGAAAUUAACAAGGAAGAGAUGUAUAUCCGCUACAUCCACAAGCUGUGUGACAUGCACUUACAGGCUGAGAACUACACUGAGGCUGCAUUUACAUUGCUUCUGUACUGUGAGCUACUUCAGUGGGAGGACAGACCUCUGCGAGAGUUCUUGCACUACCCAUCACAGACAGAGUGGCAACGUAAGGAGGGGCUAUGCCGGAAGAUUAUCCACUACUUCAACAAAGGGAAGAGCUGGGAGUUUGGAAUCCCACUGUGCAGAGAGCUGGCCAUUCAGUAUGAAAGUCUGUAUGAUUAUCAAAGCCUCAGCUGGAUUCGGAAAAUGGAAGCUACCUAUUAUGAUAACAUCAUGGAACAGCAGCGCUUGGAACCUGAGUUUUUCAGAGUUGGUUUUUAUGGCCGGAAAUUCCCCUUCUUCCUUCGGAACAAGGAGUAUGUAUGUCGAGGCCAUGACUAUGAAAGGCUGGAGACCUUCCAACAAAGAAUGCUGAGUGAGUUCCCACAAGCCAUUGCAAUGCAGCACCCAAACCAUCCAGAUGACACCAUUUUGCAAUGUGAUGCUCAGUAUUUACAGAUAUAUGCAGUGACUCCCAUCCCAGACAAUAUUGAUGUGCUACAAAUGGAACGUGUGCCUGAUCGUAUAAAGAGCUUUUAUCGUGUCAACAACAUCAGGAAAUUCCGCUAUGAUAGGCCUUUCCACAAAGGUCCAAAGGACAAAGAGAAUGAAUUUAAGAGCUUGUGGAUUGAACGUACCACUCUGACACUGACGCACAGUUUACCUGGGAUCUCCCGGUGGUUUGAAGUGGAGAGAAGAGAGCUGGUCGAGGUGAGCCCCUUGGAAAAUGCCAUUCAAGUUGUUGAGAACAAAAACCAGGAGCUGAGGACAUUAAUAAGCCAGUAUCAGCACAAGCAAAUGCAUGGCAACAUUAACCUGCUCAGCAUGUGUCUGAAUGGAGUGAUUGAUGCAGCUGUGAAUGGUGGCAUAGCACGGUACCAGGAGGCCUUUUUUGAUAAAGAUUAUAUCACCAAGCACCCUGGAGAUGCAGAAAAAAUCACACAGCUCAAGGAGCUCAUGCAGGAACAGGUGCAUGUUCUUGGAGUGGGUCUGGCAGUACAUGAGAAAUUUGUACAUCCAGAGAUGCGUCCUCUACAUAAGAAACUGAUUGAUCAGUUCCAAAUGAUGCAAUCUAGUCUUUACCAUGAGUUGCCUGGUUUGGAUAAAUUGAGUCCAGCCUGUUCUGGUACCAGCACCCCACGCAGCAGUGUUCUUGUGUCACACGGCCCGAUGAGUCCAGAGAGCAUCAAGCUGGUGCAUCGACACAGCCCAUUGAACUUGCUGGGUUCAGUCAGACACUCGUCAUCGUCUCUUUCCUCCCAUACUUCCAGUGAAACAGGAAACCUGGUUAUCCUAACAGACAGUUCUGUAGGGGAGACCGCUGAGGAUAUGUACCACAUGCAGGCCAGUCCUUCCACUUCAAGCCUGAGCUCUACCCACUCCGCACCAUCCCAGAUGAUUAACUCUGCCCCUUCCAGUGCACGAGUGCUGGUGAAAGGUGCUGGAUUGACAACACUGGAGGCUGAAGCCCUCUAUUUAUCCACAGAACAGAUACAGCACGGGCGGCAGCAGUGCAAGCUUCCCCACACUGCCCCCACCAAUGUGCCUCAUCUCUGUCCUGGAGGGACCACCUCUAGAGGCUCUCCCUCUCUACCAGAUAAGUACCGCCACACUCGGGAGCUGAUGAUGCUGCUGCCAACCCACCGGGACCGACCAAGCAGUGCCAUGUAUCCUGCAGCUAUCAUGGAAAAUGGACAGCCUCCAAAUUUUCAGCGCGCCUUGAUCCAGCAAGUGAUCGGACCAUGUAAACCUUGCAGUGAUCCCAAUCUAUCUGUUGCUGAGAAAGCUGUGCCAGCAGCGCCCAGCAGCUGGAGCCUAGACAGCGGAACCAGAGAGGCCCUGCCAUUCCUGUCUGCCCACGUUGGGAGCAUCUUGGCCCCACCAGUACCUCCCCGAAGCCUACCCCAUGGUCACUACUCACUGCACUUUGAUGCCUUCCACCACCAUCUCAGUGAUGCUCCUCCAGCACUGCCUGCACGAACAUUGCGCAAGUCUCCUCUUCAUCCAAUUCCUGCAUCACCCACAAGUCCCCAGUCUGGCCUGGAUGGAAGUAACUCCACUCUGUCAGGCAGUGCCAGCAGUGGUGUGUCCUCCUUAAGUGAGAGUAACUUUGGACACUCAUCUGAGCCCCCUCCUCGCACAGACACCAUGGAUUCUGUCCCUAGCCAGGCCUGGAAUACUGAUGAAGACUUAGAGACGCCCUACCUCCCUGUCAGGUACAGUCUCUCUGAACCUGAUGUUCUGGAGUCACUCAAAUCCCAGCCAUGUCGAAGCCACUCUGCUCCAUCUGGAGUCAUUCCUCAGGACACUAUGGACCCUCCAGCUCUCCCCCCAAAACCAUACCAUGCUCGGCUCCCAAACAUGGAGAAUGAAGAGGAAAUGAUGCUGAUGAUGGAAGAGGAAGACAGACAUCGGCCACUGCAUCGCAAAGUCUCCCAACCAGCUAGUGGUGGAAAGGAGGAGCAGGCCAGGGUAGCAUGGGAGCAUGGCAUCAGUGAGCAGUAGGCAGGACUACCUAGAAAGAAGCUUGUGUAGUAAUUCCAGGGCUGACCAGAAGAAAGACGUAAAAGUUCAGGACUCAGAGGAGAGAACAGUGAUCCAAUUCGUUACUUUCUACUGCCAUGAGUUAAUGUCCAGAGCCCAUACAAAGCUUGGGCUGGCAUGUGAGGUUGCUGCUUUCCUUUUUAUUGCAUUUUAUACUUUUUGGUUUUAUGUUAUUUUUAAUUAUUAUUUUUUGUGUGCAGUGGGUGCUUUAUUCCUUCUGCAGUUUAUCAGACCACACAAAGUGGCAUGUAAGCUGUUAGCCAUAGAGACUUGCAGAAACUAAAAGGAAUUGGAAUAUUGAAAGGGGGUGUGGCGAAUUGUUUUAAAAAGCUUUCCUCCCAGUUUUGAGACGCACACAAGUAGAAGCAGUUGCACUAGGGACAUGUUUCUUUGAUGCAUAGAAGUGGAAGCUCAUUGCUGAAUUCAGGGAGUCCAUGAACUGUCAGGCUGGAAGGUGCAUUCUCUGCAGGCAAUGGAAACUUGGCUGUUCUAUGAAGAAACUGUCUCUUCCAGGUGUGUGAUCAUAAACAGCUUUAUAGUAGUCUCCUGCAUUGACUCAAUUGUGAUGAAAUGAUCUAACCAGUGCUGACAGGCUUCCAUAUUGAUUUUUGAGGUAUCAUUUCAAAUAAACUCUGCAUCCUUUGGUUUUUCAUGGAUAUGUACUUUGGUUUUUCAUGUUUUUGUUCCGUAAUUUCAUUUUUUUACUGGGUAAACCAGCCUGCUUUUCCAUUGGAGUCAUAGUCCAUAUCCACCUUUACUGCAGAGUAAGAGAGGGUUAUGUAGCCUUUAGGGCUGCAACCCAAUUCUGAGCCUUUUCCCAUGCCUAGCUCUGGGCAAGUGGUUGUAAUCAGCACUUUUAUUCCAGUCAAGGAACCAGUUGAGUGGCUCAUUCCACAACUGCUUGAUGACUCAGCAAGUAAGAAGAGAAGGCUUGAAUGCAUCAUAUCCAGUCCUUGCCUCAGGAUUGAAAGUCUGCACAAUCCACACCAACAUCCAUUAACUGUGUUUGUUACUGUAAUAUCUUAUGUGCCCUUCUGAUACAUUUCACUGCUGCUCAAUGCCUCCAUCUCCCCCGUCAGAUAGGAAACCCUAUGAGCUGCAAGAAAUGCCCAGUUUUUUAGUGUGCACUCCAGCUUCAGGGUUUUUAAAGAUGAACUGUCAGGAGAAAGGGGGGAGAUGUUUAUUCCCUUUUUUUGCUUCUUUAUGGUGUGUAAAGAAGGCUUGAAAAGUUUUUCUUGUUUUAUUGUAAGGGUUUUUUUCCUCUGUUUUUUACAUUGCACAAAUAUCCAGUCUCGACUUCCCUUUUUUGCUGGCAGACUCUGUGAAGAACUGUAGAAUUUAGUGCAAUUAUGAUAUGACACAAAGCAAGAGACUGAGACCAGAGCAGUGGAGUGGGGAAGGGAAUUUUAGUCAGGCUGUUUUAAGUUCUAGGGUUUUUUGUUUUCUUUGUUUAACACCUGCUUAGUACCUGACAAACGGGAGAAAAACUUUGUUGGUGAAAGAUCCAAUAAAACUGCCAUUUUAUCUGAGGGCUGAGAAAUUUCCCAGUUCUCAAGUCUUUUGAGAAAUCUUCCAGCAAAAAUAAGGAAGAAAAUAUCCAUCUAUUCUGUUUCCUAUAUAUCAUAAACAUUAUAAAGAAGCAAAAAAAGAAACUUUUUUCCCCCUUUGCAAGUCAUCUUUAGCACUACCUCUAUGCAAAGUGACUGGUUAAAUAACCAUUUCCAAAUUCUCCUGAAAAUGAUAAUCUGUAUCAAGUUUGGACUCAGGUGGCCAUUGUAUAGAGUGGGUGUUGAGAUUGUUCAUUAUUCUUUCUCAAACUCUCGCCCAUGCAAAAGAAAUAUUGUUCUGGUUUUGUUUCUUAACUGGCCUGCCUGGCUAGAAAAAGAUCUGUCCCAUUUCCUUUACCUUUCCUAGAGCAGGACACCUGGAAUCAUUGUAUCCUUCACCAUUGAAACACAGGUGUUAAAAUCUGGUCCACAAUGGGCAUUUCAUCUCUAGCAUAAACGCCAAGGCAGGUCUGAGUAGAAAUGAAAAAUGGUGAAGCUCUUAAGAGCAAGUCUCAGCUGGUGUAAAUCAGUGUCACUCUAUUGAAAUGAAUGGAAUAUUCUGAUCUACACCUCUGAGAAUCUGGCCCAGGAUCUUCAUAUGAAACUUUAUUAGAACAAGACACAUAUUUUCCUUUUUUGGUAGAAGGGUUAAACAUUAUUGUAUCUGGAAAUGUAAGCUCUCCUUUAGAGCAAAAAAUAAGGUGUCUGCGCAUAAAGCUUUGUGAGUAAGUUGGAGUUAACAUUCGAGUUAGUCUAAACAUCCAGCUAGAGGGACUGACUAGAGCUAACUGCUAACCAGAGUUCUAAGGGAUUCCAUAAGGCAUAUCAUGCUGUGCUGAUUGGAAGGACGGUGUCUGGCAUGGAGACGCCCAGCUUUGAUGUGUGAUUUUAUUUUAUUUUUUUUGUAAAGGCUUUUUCUAAAAGUUAGAUGAUCAAUUAGCUUAUAUAAACAGAUGUCAGCCAAUUUUACAGCGAGUCCAUAGCCACCAAGUUUCAUGAAGGAGCAAAUUCAAUUAACACAAACAUAUUAGAUUUGAAUCUCCAAGGAGUUAUUCAGAACCAUGGUCAAAUUUUUGCAAAAUACUUUGUAUUCUUUUUAAAUGCCUAAUUUCAGAGGGCAGUGGGGGGUUGGGUGGGAAGAGAAGGAGGUGGGGGAGAUUCUAUUAUAAUUAAGAUCUGGAUGUGAAACUCAUACUACUCUCUGGGGCAAGUAUGCUUGGCCAAUAGCAGCAUCAAAAUUUAAGCCAAAUUCACCCCUCGGGUAAACGGGCACAACUACAUUUUCUGAAUUAGGGCUGAAUUUGGCCGCCAGGUUUGUUGCUGUGCUCUGUGUAAUUAUAAUAAAUAGACAUAAUUUACAAGGAACAUGGUCAUUCCAAACUCAUGUACCAAGCUUGAAAUGGAAAAUACUUCUUUUGGGGUCUUGGGCCACCACUUCUCUCCUGAAUGCACAGGCUAUUAAACUUUCCACCAUUGAUGUUUACACCCUCUGUCUGGAGAAAAAGGAAUGGGCAGAGGCAAUGAUGGAGGCGAAGCAAUGAGACGAAUUGCAUUAAUCUGCCACAUUAGUUGCUCAUUGGCUGGAAGAAUGUUUUGAUUGUGUUGCCAGGUGCAAGACCACAGGAUUUUUUCCUCUUUUUUGAUUUCUUUUGUUUAACCUUUAUUUCCCCCUUUGGGUGGGGAAGGGGUUACUACAUAUCCGUCGGGGGGAGAGAGGGCAGCCAAAUUGGAAAGGCUGUAGAGCAGAAGCAGAAAAAAAGUGUGAUAUUUAAAUUUUCCUUCCAUCAUGCUUUUUUUGUAUAUAUCCCAUUUGAAUGCUGUGUAUUUGUACAGGAAAUUGAGCAAAAAAUGUAUAGAUCGUGCUGUCUGACUGGUACUCUGCCCUGUAAAAGUGUUUUUAACCUCUGGCAUUCUGUGCUUAUUUAAAAAAGGCAAAAACCUCUAACCACUUCUCUUUUGUGUAUUCAUGUUUAAAAAAAAAUUUAAAAAGCUCUCUUAACUAUAAUGGAAAGCAAACGUAAAAGAAAAAAAAGAAUUUGAACAAAUGUCCUAAAGGUAUUUCAUUGUAUAUAUUGUGAUAGCAUGUUUCCAGAACCAACAAAUAAGUGAUGUGAAUUUUAGAUGUAAAUAUCUGCUGUUUUUUUUUCCU